UUUAAUGCUUUUAGCAAAUAAAGUAUUGUGCCAUUUACGUGAGGUAAGUGACCUGGUGAUAAUGUCUUCAGGAUCUGCUCCAACUGAGCCAGAAUGCUUCUGCUGGCUAACUGAUUUUAGAGAAUCAUACAAUUCAUUGAAGAGUUCUUCUUGCAACACAGCAGGAAAUGAACCUUCGAGAGGCAACGUAUGGAUAAUGGAAUUCAGAGACACGUUGAAUUUUUUUGAAUGAACAUCAUCAGCAAAACUAUCCUCUCUCUGAUAAAGCCCUGACACAACGAAGCUCGCUGACCAGUUUCGAGUUUUCAGACCGAGUCUGAAAUAGAGAACUUGCAAAGAUCCAUUAUUUUUUUUGACUGAUUGCUGCAAACAUUCACAAUUUGGCUUGUUACCUGUGAAAGCGUGCGCAUGGUAAUAUUUUGACGUAGAAAAGUAUAUGAGAAAGAUGAAUGUCAAUCAGAUUGCG